GUUGUCGACUCUCUUUGCGUUUGGACGCGGUGUCUUGCUCACUUUGCUAUUGCCUAACGGUUGUGUGUGUGCUUUGAAUAUUUGAAUACCUUCUUAACUAUACGCAAAGCAACAAAAAAACAAAUAACAAACGCACAUAAAUAAUUUAAUUAGCAAGAAAACACGAUCGCGAGUGCGUCGUCGCCGUUCGUUGCCAAGAAUCAAAAAAUAGCAACAUAAAGUAAAAAAACAAAACAACAAAUUGCAAAAUCGUUGUGAUUGUUGUAUUAUUGAAAUGAGUGCAAUUGAAAUUGAAUGAAAUCGGUUUCUGUUUCAAGUGAGUGCAAAUAUUGAAAGAGCCAAAAAUAGCUAACAAAAAAAAAAAAAGGCUAAAACGUUAAACCUUUUUGGGAAGCAGAAAGAUACGAAGAUACAAAAAAAAAUCUGUCUACAAAAAAAAAAAUAACAAACCACAAAAUCGCUGAAAGAUCGUCUGUGCGUGCGUGUAUUUAUCUGUGUGUGUGUGUGUGUGCGUGUCUGUCUGCCUGUGUGUGUGUGUGUGUGUGGGUCGUUCGAUCUCUGCCUGCGUUGACGUCGCGUCUUAUAAGCCGAACUAAAGCCUCGAGCCGAUCUUCAAUCUGCAAUCCCCGAUACCGAUCCCGAUUCCGAUCCGUUCUCAGCGUUUCCUUUCGUGCGCUUUGUUUCAGGCACGUACGUAAUCUCUCGCUCUCUCUCUCUCUCUCUGUUUCUCUCUCUCUUUAGCCGGUCAUAAUCAACCUGCCUGCUGAUCCACGAGAUAUAAACAGAGGGUUACAGAUACAGAUACAAAUAAAGAUACAGAUACAAACUAUAAGCUGCUACCACAAAACUGUCUGAAAAUUAAAAAGGGCAGAGAGAGUAAAGGAAGAAGAGAGCUAAAGUGUGUGAGAGGGAAAGGAAUACAGCUCCUGCUUUCUUGCUUUGUUCCCGAUCAAGAUAAUGUGCCUAAUUUGAAGUUGUAAUUAAUUUGGAUACCCUAAUAAAAAAGAGCAUAACGACGCUUCAAAAGAAAACAAAAAAUAAAAAAUACUAAAAAGAAUCAAGAAAACAAAAGGAAAGAUACAAAACUUCAACUUUGAGGGGCGCGACACGCCUCUAUUUUAUUGCCCCACCGAUGAUUGCACAAUAUGGAAUUGGCGAUUUGUAAGACAGAAUUGUCUUCCACCAAAUUUAUGCUGCCUCCUGCGCUGCCAACAGUCGCAGCAAUUGCAACAACAACGGCAACAGCAACUGCAACUGCAACACACUCAUUCCUCGAUCGGGCAGUUCAAAUAAACGAAUUGUUCAACUUUAACGCGGGACAACAUCUAUUCAAAAACAGCUACAAUCCCAACAACUCUAUUUUAAACAGCAACAACAAUAGCAGCAGCAGCAACAUGCGACUUAAAAAGAAUCGCAAAGUUACAUUUCUAUCCAGUUUAGUUGAGUCCACUAAUAAAUAUAUUAAGGAAGAACCAGUCAAUGGAUGUAAGGAUUUGCCAGUAUGCAGUUUAUCGGAUAUUUCAGAUCAUGAGGGCUCGUUGGAUGUGCCCACAGCAUUGCCGCCUUUAACACCUGGCACAAAUCGAAAGGUGAACGAGGUCUUAAAAGCCUCAUUUGCCUCCUGGGAAAAGGAGGUGCAGAACUGUAAUAUAACCAAAGAUCCCCGCGAAUGGACGGAGGAACAUGUCAUCUAUUGGCUAAACUGGGCCAAAAAUGAGUUCUCAUUGAUCUCUAUGGACUUGGGGCCAUUCUGUAAAAUGACAGGCCGCGAAAUGGUCGAGUUGGGCAAAGAGAAAUUCUUGGCCAUAACGCCGGCAUUCACAGGCGAUAUUCUAUGGGAACAUUUGGAUAUAUUACAAAAAGAUUGUGAAAAACCAAAUGAGGAUAUUGUGCAUGGAAAUUCCUUUGAAUCGACUACCACCGCCUCGGUCUGUGGAUCAGACCAUCAGGUAGCCAAUUAUGCAACAACAACAGCAUCAGCAGCAACAACAACGCCAGCCACGACGCCUGUCUCUAACAACAACAACAAUAACAACCAUAAUAAUAACAACAACAACAACAACAAUAACAGCAGCAUUACGAGUCGCCUGACAAUGGAUUAUGUGACAUCGGCUGCGAGCAGUGAUAAGAGCAACAGCUUCCACCCAACACCCGCCAUGCCACCGCACACAGGCUACAACAGCAACAACAACAACAACAGCGACAACAACAACUCUUUAUGCAUCAUUAAGAAUUAGGCAAACAAAAAAAAA